GAGAUAUCCAGCAAAGAGAAACAAAGUUGCGCUUUCUGUUGUGGAUUUUGAGAGGAGCCACAAUUUACUUGUCAGCGACACCUUUGGACAUCUGUCGUUUCGCUUUUAUUUUACAAUAAGGAUAGUGUUUCUACGCAGUGUUUAGUGUUCUUUUGAAUGCAGGUCUAUGCAAAUUUGAUACGCUGUUUUUACUCUAAUUCUAUGCAGAACCCGACGUUUUAACUGCGCAAUAAAUAAUACGCGUUCGCAGAUGCUGUUUACCCAAACGGUCCCCUCGACUUGACAGAUACAUAACACUAGUUAAAGGUAAAGUAGCAUUAUUUUUUAUUCCUAAUGUGGCUAUGUUACAUAAUGGCACAAUCUAGUGACCCAGUGUGUCGUCGUGGUGUGACUACCCUUUUAAAUGGGUAAUCGAUCCCUGACUGUUAAUGCCAGCUUCACCUAGAAACAGGACCCUCAGUGGAUCAACUUUGCAGUCUAGCAAUAGUGAAUGCCUCUGUAAGGCAUAAUGUAUGUAAAUAUAUAUAUAUAUUUUCAAAUGUUUUUUAUUGUCACAUACAGUCAAAUGUGUUGUUUUACAUGGUCAGCCAUAGUUGUAUGGCACCCCAGGAGCAAAUUAGGGUUAAGUGUCUUGCUCAAGGGCACAUCGACAGAUUUUUCACCUUGUCGGCUCGGGUAUUCAAACCAGCCACCUUUUGGUGACUGGCCCAACGCUCUAACCGCUAGGCUACCUACUGCUCUAUAGAUAUAAAUAGGCUACCAAGAUCAUUCUGAUUGUGUGUAGACUACUCUUUUUAACUAUAGUCUUUCUUAAAUUAACUCUCUGCAGUCUUUUUAAUUCCUCAUUAGCCUACAAGAUGUCUAUGGAACUGGAUGUGUUUGUGGGGAACACAACUAUCAUGGAUAUGGACGUCUAUCAGCUUUGGUUGGAUGGCCUCACAGGUUUGUCUCUAUCCUAUUUUGUUGAGACUUUGGAAUGACAUAGUUGUGGUGACACUGCACUGUGUGACAGAGGAAUGUAUUGAUUUUGCUGUAUGAAUAUUACCUAUUUGUUUUGAAAUCACACAUGCCUACACAAUAGAAUGUCAAUGACCAGACCGUGACAUCAUUUACAUUGUCUCUCUCCCAUCUCUGCCUUGCUCUCCCUCACAGUGAGUGAUGCAGUGAAGGUGCGGAUGGAUGAGGGGGCAUUACUGGAGUGUGAGGCGAAUGCAGAGGUCCUGACCAGCGAUACCAUGGACCAAUUUAGAACCUUCCAGAUGUGUGAGCGUCUCUUACACUCCCCCACCAAAGUGGGCAGUCAGCUGCUGUAUCAGAUCCCGGCCCAGCACCAGAGAAUACUCAUUGAAAGGUGUGAGUUCAAUUCUAUAAAUUGUUAUUGUUCCCAAAGCCAAGGGCAAUUUGUGUGCAAACAUAGAAAUAGACAUAGGACCAGUGGCGGUUGGUGCCGUUCAAGAUUAGGGAGCAUGGCCAUAUUUUUUUUAAUGAGCAUGGCCAUAUUUCUAUUACAGCAUGUUGGAUGACUGUCAUUAAUUUAUCAUUCACCCAGCUCAAUGUAAGUAACAUUGCUAGGUUCAGGCUACUACAUGAUACUCAAAUUUUCCCUAUACCCAUCAUGAAGUUGCCCCAACCUAGCCUACAAAGGAAAGUUUAUCACAUACAGUGGGGGAAAAAAGUAUUUAGUCAGCCACCAAUUGUGCAAGUUCUCUCACUUAAAAAGAUGAGAGAGGCCUGUAAUUUUCAUCAUAGGUACACGUCAACUAUGACAGACAAACUGAGAAAAGAAAAUCCAGAAAAUCACAUUGUAGGAUUUUUAAUGAAUUUAUUUGCAAAUUAUGGUGGAAAAUAAGUAUUUGGUCACCUACAAACAAGCAAGAUUUCUGGCUCUCACAGACCUGUAACUUCUUCUUUAAGAGAAGUUGUAUUAAUGGCACCUGUUUGAACUUGUUAUCAGUAUAAAAGACACCUGUCCACAACCUCAAACAGUCACACUCCAAACUCCACUAUGGCCAAGACCAAAGAGCUGUCAAAGGACACCAGAAACAAAAUUGUAGACCUGCACCAGGCUGGGAAGACUGAAUCUGCAAUAGCUAAGCAGCUUGGUUUGAAGAAAUCAACUGUGGGAGCAAUUAUUAGGAAAUGGAAGACAUACAAGACCACUGAUAAUCUCCCUCGAUCUGGGGCUCCACGCAAGAUCUCACCCCGUGGGGUCAAAAUGAUCACAAGAACGGUGAGCAAAAAUCCCAGAACCACACGGGGGGACCUAGUGAAUGACCUGCAGAGAGCUGGGACCAAAGUAACAAAGCCUACCAUCAGUAACACACUACGCCGCCAGGGACUCAAAUCCUGCAGUGCCAGACGUGUCCCCCUGCUUAAGCCAGUACAUGUCCAGGCCCGUCUGAAGUUUGCUAGAGUGCAUUUGGAUGAUCCAGAAGAGGAUUGGGAGAAUGUCAUAUGGUCAGAUGAAACCAAAAUAUAACUUUUUGGUAAAAACUCAACUCGUCGUGUUUGGAGGACAAAGAAUGCUGAGUUGCAUCCAAAGAACACCAUACCUACUGUGAAGCAUGGGGGUGGAAACAUCAUGCUUUGGGGCUGUUUUUCUGCAAAGGGACCAGGACGACUGAUCCGUGUAAAGGAAAGAAUGAAUGGGGCCAUGUAUCGUGAGAUUUUGAGUGAAAACCUCCUUCCAUCAGCAAGGGCAUUGAAGAUGAAAUGUGGCUGGGUCUUUCAGCAUGACAAUGAUCCCAAACACACCGCCCGGGCAACGAAGGAGUGGCUUCGUAAGAAGCAUUUCAAGGUCCUGGAGUGGCCUAGCCAGUCUCCAGAUCUCAAUCCCAUAGAAAAUCUUUGGAGGGAGUUGAAAGUCUGUGUUGCCCAGCGACAGCCCCAAAACAUCACUGCUCUAGAGGAGAUCUGCAUGGAGGAAUGGGCCAAAAUACCAGCAACAGUGUGUGAAAACCUUGUGAAGACGUACAGAAAACGUUUGACCUAUGUCAUUGCCAACAAAGGGUAUAUAACAAAGUAUUGAGAAACUUUUGUUAUUGACCAAAUACUUAUUUUCCACCAUAAUUUGCAAAUAAAUUCAUUAAAAAUCCUACAAUGUGAUUUUCUGGAAUUUUUUUCCUCAUUUUGUCUGUCAUAGUUGACGUGUACCUAUGAUGAAAAUUACAGGCCUCUCUCAUGUUUUUAAGUGGGAGAACUUGCACAAUUGGUGGCUGACUAAAUACUAUUUUCCCCCACUGUAGGUGCACAGGUCGAGAGACACAUAGAGUAAUCAAGGUGACAGACAGUGACACAUUCAAUACUGCCUUGCACACUCUUGCCUGCUUCUAGCUGAUCUGGGGUAUAAUCAUUAGUCCAAAUUCAGGUAGUUCCCUCCCAGUUUCGUUAUGUUUGCUUCCAUUUAAGGCACGUUUUGCAACUGAAUCGGCGGACUAAAUACACCCCUGAUCACCCGCACACACAGUUAACUUUCAAAGCAACCACAUACUGCAUCAUCACUUUGCUCAAUGUAUAAUUCCUUCUCAAAUCUACGUGCUCUCCUCCUCUCACCUUUUCCCUACGCUUGUGGACUUCAAGGCACAACACAACAGCUGUCUGUGACCAGGCGCAGAAACCUCUCCAAGCCAAACCUUCAUACCAUGUCCGCUAAAAGAUACACAGCCUACAUCGUUAUCACCACAUUAACGUUAUAGUCAACAAAUUAGAACUAACACAUGAGUUAAUCCACAAUCCAAUCCAUGUGUACAAUCACGCAGUACAGUGUAAUGUUACAGCAAGCAGUUUAGUAGUUACACUGGUGGCCCCCGUUGGCAAUAAAUUAAUAAAACCGAAAGCUUACCUUGAUUGGAAGAGUUGCAGUGUUGGAUAUCCUAAUCCAGCUAGCUAACAUAAAUAGCAUUCCUCUCUGUCUGAGUCAGGUUGUUGAGUAGGCUAAAUUAGCUGCAUUAGCUAAGGAAGUGAAAGAUAAACGAAGAAGAAGAAAAUAAUACUACGAAAUAUAGCUACAGUAUAUCUCUCCCUCGCUCUCUUUCUUUCUUUCUCUCUCUCUAUCUCUCGCUCGCUCACUCUCUUUCUCUUCUGCUUGUCCUUCAUUUGUUAAGAAAUUAAUUUGUUCAAAACUGUUCAGCUAUUGUAUUUCUCUCUCUUUGAGUCAACUACUCACCACAUUUUAUGCACUGCAGUGCUAGCUAGCUGUAGCUUAUGCUUUCAGUACUAGAUUAAUUCUCUGAUUCUUUGAUUGGAUGGACAACAUGUCAGUUCAUACUGCAAGAGCUCUGAUAGGUUUGAGGACAUCCUCUGGAUGUCAUCAUACACUAUAUAUACAAAGAUAUGUGAACACCCCUUCAAAUUAGUGGAUUCAGCUAGUUCAGCCACACUGACAGGUGUAUAAAAUCGAGCACACAGCCAUGCAAUCUCCAUAGUAAAACAUUGGCAGUAGUAGUAGUACUGAAGAGCUCAGUGACUUUCAGCGUGGCUCCGUCAUAAGAUGCCACCUUUCCAACAAGUCAGUUCGUCAAAUUUCUGCCCUGCUAGAGCUGCCCCGGUCAACUGUAAGUGCUGUUAUUGUGAAGUGGAAAUGUCUAGGAGCAACAACAGCUCAGCCACGAAGUGGUAGGCCACACAAGCUCACAGAACAGGACCGCCAAGUGCUGAAGCGUGUAAAAAUCAUCGGUCCUCGGUUGCAACACUCACUACAGAGUUCCAAACUGCCUCUGCAAGCAACGUCAGCACAAUAACUGUUUGUCAGGAGUGUCAUGAAAUGGGUUUCCAUGGCCGAGCAGCCGCACACAAGCCUAAGAUCACCAUGUGCAAUGCCAACUGUCUGCUGGAGUGGUGUAAAACCCGCCGCCAUUGGACUGUGGAGCAGUGGAAACGCGUUCUCUGGAGUGAUGAAUCACGCUUCACUAUCUGGAAAUCUGACGGACUAAUCUGGGUUUGGCGGAUGCCAGCAGAACGCUACCUGCCCGAAUGCAUAGUGCCAACUGUAAAGUUUGGUGGAGGAGGAAUAAGGGUCUGGGGCUGUUUUUCAUGGUUCAGGCUAGGCCCCUUAGUUCCAGUGAAGGGAAAUCUUAAUGCUACAGCAUACAAUGACAUUCUAGACGAUUCUGUGCUUCCAACUUUGUGCUUCCAACAGUUUGGGGAAGGCCCUUUCCUGUUUCAGCAUGACAAUGCCCCUGUGCACAAAGCGAUGUCCAUACAGAAAUGGUUUGUUGAGAUCGGUGUGGAAGAACUUGACUGGCCUGCACAGAGCCCUGACCUCAACCCCAUCAAACACCUUUGGGAUGAAUUGGAACAUCAACCACAAGCCAGGCCUAAUCGCCCAACAUCAGUGUCCGACCUCACUAAAUGGAAGCAAGUCCCUGCAGCAAUGUUCCAACAUCUAGUGGAAGGCCUUCCCAGAAGAGUGGAGGCUGUUAUAGCAGUAAAGGGGGGACCAACUCUAUAUUAAUGCCCAUGAUUUUGGAUGUUGUUCGACGAGCAGGUGUCCACAGACUUUUGAUCAUGUAGUGUAAUUACUGUGUAAGUCUAUGGAGGUAUGGAAGGGGGUGAGAACCAUGAGCUUCCUAGGGUUUGUAUUGAAGUCAAUGUACCCAGAGGAGGAAGGAAACUAGCUGUCCUCCGGCUACACCAUGGUGCUACCCCAGAGAGUGCUGUUGAGGCUACUGUAGACCUUCAUUGCAAAACAGUGUGUUUUAAUCAGUUAUUUGGUGAUAAGUGUGAAUAUACACUGCUCAAAAAAAUAAAGGGAACACUAAAAUAACACAUCCUAGAUCUGAAUGAAUGAAAUAAUCUUGUUAAAUACUUUUUUCUUUACAUAGUUGAAUGUGCUGACAACAAAAUCACACAAAAAUGAUCAAUGGAAAUCAAAUUGAUCAACCCAUGGAGGUCUGGAUUUGGAGUCACCCUCAAAAUUAAAGUGGAAAACCACACUACAGGCUGAUCCAACUUUGAUGUAAUGUCCUUAAAACAAGUCAAAAUGAGGCUCAGUAGUGUGUGUGUCCUCCACGUGCCUGUAUGACCUCCCUACAACGCCUGGGCAUGCUCCUGAUGAGUUGGCGGAUGGUCUCCUGAGGGAUCUCCUCCCAGACCUGGACUAAAGCAUCCGCCAACUCCUGGACAGUCUGUGGUGCAACGUGGUGUUGGUGGAUGGAGUGAGACAUGAUGUCCCAGAUGUGUUCAAUUGGAUUCAGGUCUGGGGAACGGGCGGGCCAGUCCAUAGCAUCAAUGCCUUCCUCUUGCAGGAACUGCUGACACACUCCAGCCACAUGAGGUCUAGCAUUGUCUUGCAUUAGGAGGAACCCAGGGCCAACCGCACCAGCAUAUGGUCUCACAAGGGGUCUGAGGAUCUCAUCUCGGUACCUAAUGGCAGUCAGGCUACCUCUGGCGAGCACAUGGAGGGCUGUGCGGCCCCCCAAAGAAAUGCCACCCCACACCAUGACUGACCCACCGCCAAACCGGUCAUGCUGGAGGAUGUUGCAGGCAGCAGAACGUUCUCCACAGCGUCUCCAGACUCUGUCACGUCUGUCACAUGUGAUCAGUGUGAACCUGCUUUCAUCUGUGAAGAGCACAGGGCGCCAGUGGCGAAUUUGCCAAUCUUGGUGUUCUCUGGCAAAUGCCAAACAUCCUGCACGGUGUUGGGCUGUAAGCACAACCUCCACCUGUGGACGUCAGGCCCUCAUACCACCCUCAUGGAGUCUGUUUCUGACCGUUUGAGCAGACACAUGCACAUUUGUGGCCUGCUGGAGGUCAUUUUGCAGGGCUCUGGCAGUGCUCCUCCUCCUUGCACAAAGGCGGAGGUAGCAGUCCUGCUGCUGGGUUGUUGCCCUCCUACGGCCUCCUCCACGUCUCCUGAUGUACUGGCCUGUCUCCUGGUAGCGCCUCCAUGCUCUGGACACUACGCUGACAGACACAGCAAACCUUCUUGCCACAGCUCGCAUUGAUGUGCCAUCCUGGAUGAGCUGCACUACCUGAGCCACUUGUGUGGGUUGUAGACUCCGUCUCAUGCUACCACUAGAGUGAAAGCACCGCCAGCAUUCAAAAGUGACCAAAACAUCAGCCAGGAAGCAUAGGAACUGAGAAGUGGUCUGUGGUCACCACCUGCAAAACCAGUCCUUUAUUGGGGGUGUCUUGCUAAUUGCCUAUAAUUUCCACCUGUUGUCUAUUCCAUUUGCACAACAGCAUGUGAAAUGUAUUGUCAAUCAGUGUUGCUUCCUAAGUGGACAGUUUGAUUUCACAGAAGUGUGAUUGACUUGGAGUUACAUUGUGUUGUUUAAGUGUUCCCUUAAUUUUUUUGAGCAGUGUAUUUAGUAUAGUUUUAUCUAAAAAGGAUAACUUUUUAAAUGUUUCUCAAUUUUUAUUUUAAUGAAAUUCACUUAGUACAAUGGUUCCCCCUUCCUCCUCUGAGGAGCUUCCACUGCUCAGGACCACAUGCAAAUACAACUACUGUGUGUGCAUGCAUGCGUGCGUGCACGUGGGAGUGCGUGUGUGUAUGUAUUAGCCCUUCCUCCCCAUGUUUUAGAGCUGUUGAUGGAGGAGAGUUAACCAGUGUGUUGUUGUUUUCUGCAGGUACUAUGAAUUUGACAGUGUGUUUGCCAGAGAGGUGCUGGGGAAAAAGCUCUCCAAAGGGACCAAAAAGGACCUGGAUGACAUCAGCUGUAAAACAGGGAUCACACUGAAGAGCUGCAGGAGACAGGUGAGACUAACACAAACACCACACUCACUGAGAAGAGGCUACAUUACUGUAGCGCGACUCCUGACUGUAUUAACACAGAACUCCCAGCUUGAGAAGAACCUGUCACUCAAGAGCAGCUUAAAUGCAGAAGGACAGGCCAGGACCUUAGCUGGACAGCACUGCUCUGUAAUUUAAUUACCUGUCCAGUUUAAGCACUGUCAUGCAGUGGGAUUUGCCUGCCAGCCGUGGGGAUUUUAUAGUGAGGUCAUGAUCAGAAAUACAAAAGCCUUCGGAUAUAGAGCAUUCCAACACGAAGCACAUCUCUGUCUCUGUCUGUCUGUUUGUCUCUUUGUCUCUUUGUCUGUCUUACUGUCUCUCUCUCCAGUUUGACAAUUUCAAGCGGGUGUUCAAAGUGGUGGAGGAGCUCAAGGGCCCACUAGUGGAGAACAUACAGCGUCACUUCUUGCUCUCCGACACACUGGCAAGGUGGAUACAAGAAUAGAGUGGGAGGAAUAAGGAAGGAGAAACAGAAAUAGUGUAGCGAAAGAGAUCUGUCAACCAUAAGUCUAGUAGUAUAUACAAUAUAUUCACAGGGAAUAGUAUACAUGCAUCUUUGUUUAUAGACGAUUUGACGUUAUGGUUUAUAGAAUUAUGGAUGAAAAAGGGAUAAUUGCCUGUGUUAGUUUCCUUGGGUUCAGGCCCUCCAACGUACUGUGCCUCCAUCUCACUUUUCUCUCUAUCCCUGCAGGGACUAUGCUGCCAUUGUGUUUUUUGCAAACAGCCGUUUUGAGACAGGAAAGAGGAAGCUGCAGUACCUCUCAUUCCAAGACUUUGCCUUCUGUGCAGGCCAGCUCAUCAGUUACUGGACAAUAGGAGCAGUGGGUAAGAUGCAUCUCUGUUGAUUUGACCAGUCACUAAUGGCACCAAAGCAUGCACAAUGUUACUAACUGUAGUAGACAAUGCAAAGAAGCCAGUCCCUGGGGAAAAAAGUAUAUAAUAUAAAUAAUUAUUUGAAUUCAAAGCUCUUGUCAGAAACAGUUUUAUUUGGCCCGUAGAAGUAGUUGCGUUAUGACAGGGGUCUCCAACAGGUUGAUCGCACAGUAGCUCGCAGACCACUUAUGAGUAGCACGCAAAACAAUUGUGUUCCACCUCAAACUGUCAUAACGCAUCAGACACCGCAAGCUCCCAGCUACUAUCUAACCAACGCAACAUAGAAAUUAUCCCACCCUUGGUUAGCCACUAUUUGCUUAAAAAGCCAAACCUAACACAAUAUCUGCCAAUUAAUUUCCAGCAAUUUUUCCCCUUUAGGUCUGUGUGGUGCGGGCAUUUGUCUAUCACUCCUUGUGUAGCCAGUAGUGAUGGCUCGUUCGCGAACGGCUCUUUUUGAACAGCUGUUUUUGGUGAACGCCGGGAACCGAAUUGCGUAUGUGAAAAAUAAGUUAAUUUGGCUCCCUGAUUUGCAUACUUUUACUAUUACUUUUUGAGCCCCAGACAUCGAUUAUCUGCAGAUAAAUUAUAAAAACAUUCUCUGAAGUUGGUAAUUCCUCAGUGCAAUAACAAUAGUGAGGCGAGAGCCUCAUUCUGGUCCACGCUCAUUUUAUCAGUGCGUAAAAUGUUGUCUUCAUUUUUUUUUGCAGGCCAUCUAAUAAUUUGGUCAGGUAAACAUUUAUUUGAACUCACAUUUCACGAUAUGACAUAAUGGUAGGCAACGUUUUAGGCUUUAAAUGAGAGAUUAAAGCCGUUUGGGAGCCAAAUGAACGGCUAUUAGAGGUGAACGAAGCCAAAUGAUCCGGCUCACAGAGGACUUGGAAUGCCCAUCACUAGUAGCCAGUUGAUGUGAUAACUGUCUUGUGGGUUGACAGAAAUACUUUCCACAAAGCCUUCUCAAUUAAAUGUUAAGUGCAAAGUAGGCUUACCUGGCAGAAGUAUAUCAUGAGGAAGUACUGUAUAUUAUUUGCAAACUUUGCCAUGAAAUGAGCAGCAGUACAGAACCAUCGCUAGACUAGGGUUAAUGGUUGCGUAUGGUUUUGUGUUAGGGUAGGCUUAAUUAGGGUCAGGUAACUAUGGUUUGGAGUCAGGUUUCGGUAGGGUAGGGUAGGGUAUGGUGGCAAGGUUGGUUGGGUGUUAGGCAGGGUUAAGGUUUGGGUGGCAAAGUGACGGUUGGGUUAGGGUUAGGUAAGCUAGAUGAUGGUAGAGGGUUGGAAUUGCAUCACUGAGUCAGUUGAGGUAGAUAGUUUGGGUUAGGAGAUUAGUUUCAAGGCUUCAUUAGGGUUGGUUCAAAGUAGGUUACCUGGUAGGUAGGUUAUUGAGGGUAGGUAUGGUUAUUGAAGCUUUGGCAUGAAGUGAGGUGGUUAGAUACGUUAGGGUAGGUUGUGUAGGGUUAGGGUUAGGGUUAGGGUUAGGGUUAGGGUUAGGGUUAGGGUUAGGGUUAGGGUUGGGUUAGGUGUAGGGUUAGGGUUAGGGUCAGGGUUAGGGUUAGGGUUAGGGUUAGGGUUAGGGUUAGGGUUAGGGUCAGGGUUAGGGUUAGGGUUAGGGUCAGGGUUAGGGUUAGGGUCAGGGUUAGGGUCAGGGUUAGGGCUAGGGUUAGGGUUAGGGUCAGGGUUAGGGCAGCACAUCAGACUGCACACUAGAUGUGCAAUUAAAUUAAAGGGCCAGAUGCGCAUUUAAAGGGGAAUUAGAAUCUAAAUGUGUUAGUUUUCUUCCAGACCCCCAAAAAAUGGUCUUCUAGAGUGAUUUAAGCAUUGACAUCGACUUAGAACAUCUAAUUUUGUUGUUUCGCUAUGAACAAUUGUAAUUUUGAGAGUGAAAACCCCAAAAACGUUUAGAGUUGUUUAUUAACCAUUAUCUAACCAGGUAUUUUAACAAAAACAUAGUGCACUACUUUCUCUUGUACACUAAGGACCCCGGGAAGAGUUGCAGGGGAAAGGAGAAGAUACAUUUUUUUGAAAGUUAGAGAAAAAUGAGUAGCUUGCGACAUGUUUCGUUUUUGUAAAAGUAGCUCUCAUGAAAAGGUUGGAGACACCUGCUUUAUGAGGUUUCAAUGCUGCACAUACUUGGCUUUCUAGCACCAGAUCCCAUUCAUUUUUUCCCUCUCUCUUCACAGAUAGCAUGAUGGAGGAUAUGGAUGUUGACCUGGAGAAAGAGUUUCUGCAUGAACUGAAAGAUCUCAAGGUUUUGGUUUAUGACAAAGACAUGCUGGACCAACAUAAAAUGUACGAUGGGUGUAACCAUGUGUAUGAAAGUGGUUGUGUGGGUUAAUGUUGAGAGUUGUAAAAAGAAUUCAGCCAUUGAUGUCUUUGCUGGUCCCCCUCUUGAAUCUCUUCUCUCCUCUCGUCUCUCUCUUAGCUUGGUGUGUGCUGCUCUGCGGGGAAAGAUCAAAGUCUACAAGUUGAUGGAGGCUAACUUUAAAGUGAGCAACUAA